AUGUCAUCUGCUUAUCCGCCAGCGCAUUCUCGGAAAUACGAUACAAAUGGGCAGCUGCGUCUAUCGACUGGGUUUUUCCAGCGAUACUUCGAAAGCGACGGGACCAACAAAGAAAUUCCCAUUCUUCAAGUUACUCUCGUAAAAAAACUGGAAGAGGGUUCCACCGGCUAUCCUGAGGCAUGUUUCCGACUCCGCUUAACUGAUGGGUUGUUCACUUUAUUUGUUGCGGCGAGCUUAGAAUCACAAUGCGUUGCUGAUGGUAUAGAUGGAAACUCAGAAAAUGGAGGCGAAAUUAUUGCCGUGACUGGACUGAAAAUCAAUCGUGACUGUUACAUUGGUAAAAGUGGCGCAAAAACUUCAGGGAUACCCAUGCUUGUUAUUACUGGCUACGAGCUACUAUCAAACCCGAUUUUUUCUGUAGGAUUCAGUCACGCUGGAGAUAAGGAUGCAUUCUAUGGUUUCAUAUCCACCCAGUCCUAUUCCGUUUCUUGGAGCCCUCAACUGCGAACGAGAGCACAUCAAGAUAUUCCUCCAACAGCAGCCCAGAUAUUUGAUAAUGCCACUGUUACGCCUAUUAGCGUGAUUACACCUCAUACAAGCAAGUGGCUUAUUUGUGGCUUGUGCACGCACAAAGACGACCUGAAGAACAUUACCUCACGAACUGGGGCUGGCGCACUCAAGGUGUUCAGCUUUGAGAUCACCGAUAAGGAUGGAGUGGCUAUACGAGUUUCUGCGUUGCUGAAAGGGCGUCCGAAAUCAUUCAGCUUGAUUACGUAUACUUAUUACAUAACUGGUACCUGUGUCAAACAAGUAAACAAACGUUUCAAUAACACUGGACAUGAUUAUGAGCUUAUCAUGAAUGCGAGCACUGUAAUUGAUCGCUGUCGUGCGGGAAUUCCAAAACCGCCACUUGUGCUGAAAAUUUGCCUUCUUGAUGAUAUACCAAGUCAUAAAAACGAGAACAUCAAUGUGCUUGCGGUCGUUGAUGAAAUUCACCAAGUCAAUAAGUUCACCUCGAGACAGGGCCAAAAUUUUACUAAGCGUGACAUACAUUUGGUCGAUCAGUCAAGUUCUGUGGAAGAUCAUGUACUUGGCGAAGUGGUGUCUAUCAAGGGAGCAAGAGUGAAAGAGUGGAUGGGAGCGUUUAGCCUGGCGCUUGGUCCAUCAUCGAAGAUUGUCUUUAGUCCGCAGAUGGAUGGUGCUCUUUCUUUGAGCGAAUGGUACGCUAACAAACGACGGAUGGCAGAUGUUAAGUCUAUCAGCACUGCUUCAUUUGGGCGCAGUGAUGGAUUCGAUCAUGACUUAUGCCUCAUUGGUACGGUGAAUGCGCUCCAGCUUGGAAAUGAGUUGAGUGGUGGUCACUAUAGAUGUGGCAAGUGCAACGUGUCAUGCAGCACCUUCAAAUGGGCUUAUAUGAUUCAGGCAGAACUAACGGAUUUCACCGGAUCCAUCUGGGUGUCAAUCUUCUCUAACGUCGCAGCCAAAAUGCUUGGUAUGGAGGCGGAAUAGUUGGCGGAAAUGAAGG